GAGCUACGAAAGCAUGUGGCGAACCGCGGUGAUCGCGUCGCAUUGUGUCUACUUUGUGCUUGCUGGUGCCUUACAACAGGAUGACAAGACAGGAAGACUUCGGCGAGACAUUCCGCCAUUGGAACAACCGAAAGGGAUUCAAGUCCCGUUUGAGAAGUGGCACAUGUCUUCGCCCUAUUUGCCACAGGUACUGGCUUCCAUAGAGGACCGUCUUCGAGGACUGGACGCCUUUGGAGCAGCCCUGCGGUUAACCCGUGUUGACCUUUCACUAGAGCAAUUACUCAGAAAGGUGGACUCCCUAGAGAGCCGGAUGGGACGUUUAGAAGCCAAGCUUGAUAUCAGGCUCGAUAAGAUGGAAGCCCGAAAGGAGGAGAGCACCAACGAUGAAGAACUAGGACGACGCAUCGAUACCCUCGCGGACAAGGUGACUACCAAACUGGACUUUCUGGAAACGAAACUUGACAUGCGGUCCGACCGUCUCACCAACAAACUGGAACUCCUCGAUCGGGACCUUCAGGAUUCUUUGGAAGACGUCCUGGAGAAAGUGACUAAAAGCGAGGAACAACGAGUCCGAAUGCACAGUGACAUUUCCCGGGCUCUCGAGGUCAUCGAUCGAACAGAAGUGACGCAGCGUCAACUGGAAGCAACCCUACGCUUCGACGUGCGGGACACACUCAAGUGGGCGGACGCAAAGCUGGAUCUUUUCAACCACCAGCUACUGACGCAGAGAGACAUCUUGAAGGAAGUUCAAGAGAAGAUGGGAGUGAACGGCACUGUUACAUCGGGUGCCUGUUCACGAGAGGAUGUUCCAACAGCAGAACAGGUAACCAACCUGACGGAGCUGGUAGAGAAGGUUCUCCGCGUAGGCGCAGAGCAGUUUCGAGAGAUUGACUCCGACGUGGAGAGCUACACACGGAAGGUCAUCAACGGAAUGUACGAACUGCGCAGAACCACAGACGAGUUGGUACGCACGGCUUUCCAGGACAGUGUGGCACAAGGCAACCGCACACGUCUCCUCGUACGGGACGAGUUCAAGAAGUUGCAUGCACAGAUCGAACCGCUGCCCCUCCUGGAGCCUCGACUGACUUUAUUGAGUGAGGGACUCGAGAAACGCAUCGUUCAUCUGGGCGCAACCGUCGACCAGAGCUUCGCUACUCUGCUUGUAGCCCAGAACUCCUUCAUUUCGUCCUGCCACAGAAUACAAGAAGAAGAGGUGCAGCUGUAUGAUCUCCUGGAGCUAAUCAUCCACGAGAUGCGAAACCGAUCCCUGAGCGACACUCAAAGGCUUAGCGAUCAGCUACAGGGCCACGCUGACGACUUCCACGGGUUCUUCAAAAAGGUUGUGUCCGCUAUAUUCGCUGUGGGCAACAGCACUCUGGGCGAAGUGAAAAGACUGUUUACUGGAAAUCACAUCCUAUGUACAAAGAAUCAGACGGCAGUCAACGUGACGAGUGACUAUCGAGAUACUGUUGCAGACGAAAUUUUGUAGGUGGACUAUAUCUCGUCACCAACUUCUGAACGCAGAAAAACUAAAUAAAACACCCUUUUUGUGCCUU